AUGCUAAAGAACCGUGCAAUUCAGUUUACCGUUAACACUACCACACGAGGUAUCGUGAGCAGAGGAUGUCCACAAGGAGGGGUCCUAUCACCUCUUCUUUGGAAUCUAGUUGUUAACGAACUCAUUGAGGAGCUCAACGACAACGACCUCUACACGGUAGGGUAUGCUGACGAUAUUGCCAUACUGAUAACAGGACAAUUUGAAGGAACUCUAUGCGACCGCAUGAGAGAAGCCUUCAGAACUGUAGAGAGAUGGUGUAAAAACCACGAACUCUCGGUAAAUCCUUCCAAAACAGAACUAAUCAUGUUUACUAACAAAAGAGCUCCUGGUACCUUCAGGACACCGAAACUCUUUAACACAGACCUUAACCUAAAAGAAGAAGUCAAGUACCUGGGAGUUAUACUGGACAGUAAGCUCCUAUGGAACAAACAUCUUGACCACAAAAUUAACAAAAGUACCAUAGCAUUUUAUCAAUGUCGAAAGAUGCUAGGAAAUAAGUGGGGUAUUACACCAAAAAUAACACUCUGGCUAUACACAGCUGUGAUAAGACCAAUGCUCGUGUACGGGGCCUUGGUUUGGUGGACAAGGUCGAAACUCACGACCACAGUCAACAAACUAAAGUCCUUUCAAAGACUUGCAUGCUCUGCAAUCACGGGAUGUAUGAAAACUACCCCAACAACAGCAAUUGAAAUAGCCCUCAAUAUAACACCCCUCGAUUUGUACAUACAACAGGAGGCAGCCAUAGCUGCCAUAAGACUAUACCAUCUUGGUCUAUGGGGCAAAAACCAUAAUAGUUCUCACACUCACAUCCUGAACCAAGCAAUCGAACACGAACCUUUGAUUGCAGCUCCGUGUGACAGAACUCAAACUUAUCACUCAUUUAACAGAAAAUACCAAAUACAAAUGAAUCAAGACCAAUCUGCUGUAAAUGAACUGCGCAUAUACACAGAUGGCUCCAAAACACAUAACGGUUCAGGAGCAGGAGCCCACUCCCUUGACCUCAACAUGAACUUAUACAUACCACUCGGCCCACACAGUUCGAUUUUCCAAUGUGAAUGCGUUGCCCUGACUGAGGCAGCACGAACAGUGCAAAAGUUAGGUGUCAACAACUUCAACUUAAAAUUUAUAUCGGACAGUGCAGCCGUGCUAAAAGCACUACAGAACAGGAAAUCAAACAACAGAUUAAUAAUCGAAUGUCACAAUAUCAUGGAUAAAGUGGCAGAGCACAACGGUGUAACCAUCCAGUGGAUAAAAGGGCAUAGUGGAUCAUAUGGAAAUGAUGCCGCGGACGAAUUGGCGAGAAGAGGAUCAGGCAUGACGAUCGACAGGCCCAGGCCGGUGGGCAGGCCCAAUCCGGUCAACAGGCCCGACCCGCUCGACAGGCCUGAGCUGGUCGUUGGGCGCGAGCUGAUCGACAGGCCCGAGCUGGUCGACAAGCCUGAGCCGUUCACCAGCCCAGGCCGGCCCGAGCUGGUCGACAAGCCAGAGCUGUUCAACAGGCACGAGCCGGUCAGUAGGCCCGAGCCGGUCAACGGGCCUAGGCCGGUCGAUACGCCUCUGGCGCUCGACAGGCCCGAGCUGGUCGACAAUUCCGAGCCGCUCAACAGAACUGCAGACUGUCGACACGCCGUAGCCGAUCAAUAUCACUUGAAACACCGCAGGCAAAAAUGGUAUUUUACUUCCGGCACUGUGGCGAUCGACACCUUCCGACUUGAGCGCGCGUUCAAGUUGGAGGGAACACGAUUUGACCACAUGGCUGGUCUUGUGAAUAAGAUUCAUUCUGUGUUCGGUGCUCGAGCGGCGUGGAAGUAA